AUGCCUAUGAUUAGCCAAGAUCAGUGGAUGAAGAUUAAUUUACCUCCGUUACUCCCUCCGAAAUACCACAAGCAGCCUGGUAGGCCUAAGAAGACAAGAAAACAAGCUGUUGAUGAACCUAAUGCACCUUCUAAUCCAUAUAAGCUUCUUAGGUAUGGCCUCCCUUUAAAGUGUGGCAAUUGCGGUGGAGAAGGGCAUAAUCGAAUUAGUUGUAAGGAACCUAGAAAUCCCAACAUAAAGCCUACUAGGUCGAGGAAAGUUGCCAAGGAAAAACUUGCAGUAAGAAGGAGAGAUGGUGGAGACACAAGUAGCGGACAACAUAGUAUGCAAUUAAGGCAAAGGAAACAAGCAAGCGAUUCCCAAGUGCCUUCUCAAUCUCAGGCAUCUCAAGCAGCUGAUGCUUCUCAAUCCCAACCAUCUCAAGCAUCUGAACCUGUCAAACUAUCUCGAUUACAACAACGUAGGCGAAGGAUGAAAGAUAAACAGAGGAGCCAUUUUGUCAAAGAUCCUUUUUUUCAUCCUUGA